AUGUCCAACUACCGUAGCGUCGCCUAUUUUGUCAAUUGGGCCAUCUACGGCCGCAACCACAACCCACAAGACCUUCCCGCUGAUAGACUAACCCACAUCCUCUAUUCGUUCGCCAAUGUCCGCCCUGAAAGUGGAGAAGUCUACCUGACAGACCCCUGGGCCGACACCGACAAACACUACCCGACAGAUUCCUGGAAUGAUGUCGGAACAAACGUCUACGGCUGCGUCAAACAGCUCUACCUAUUGAAGAAACAGCACCGAAACCUCAAGGUUCUACUAUCCGUCGGCGGCUGGACGUAUUCCUCCAACUUCCCCCUCCCAGCCUCCACGCCUGGUGGCCGCCAAACAUUCGCCAACAGCUGUGUCCAGCUCCUCAAAGACCUCGGAUUCGACGGAAUAGACAUCGACUGGGAAUAUCCCAAAUCUUCAGCCGAGGCUUCCAAUCUCGUCUCUCUCCUGCAAGCCGUUCGUCAAGCUCUUGAUGCCUACUCUGCAUCUUUGCCCAAUCGGCCUCAUUUCGAAUUGACAAUCGCCUCCCCUGCCGGUCCACAGAACUUUCCCUACUACAAGUUCCGCGAGAUUGAUCAAUAUCUCGACUUCUGGAACCUCAUGGCUUAUGACUAUGCUGGAAGCUGGGAUGCCAAUGCUGGACAUCAAGCGAAUCUAUUUCCUUCCCAGCAGAACCCCGCCAGCACGCCUUUCAGCACCGACGCUGCUGUGGGCCAUUACAUCUCACAGGGCGUUCCGGCAAAUAAGAUUGUCUUGGGUAUGCCUUUAUACGGACGAGCAUUUCAAAACACCGCCGGACCGGGGAAGCCGUUCAGUGGAGUUGGGGAAGGAAGUUGGGAGAAUGGAGUUUGGGAUUACAAGUCUCUUCCAAGAUUCACAGCCACGAAUACUCCCAACCCGAAGCCCUCUCACAACAAACUAAUCAAAAUUAUUAAACAGGCUCUGCCCCGUCCCGCGAACGCUGGAGUGGAAAUUGAUCAUCAAGCUGUGGCUUCUUACUCCUAUGAUCCUGCUACAAAAACUAUGGUUUCGUACGAUACACCUGAAGUAGCGGAUGCGAAAGUCAGGUACAUCCGGGAGAGAGGUUUGGGUGGUGGCAUGUGGUGGGAGAGUAGUGCUGAUAAACCAUGUGGAGGAGGGAGCUUAAUCGAGAGGGUCGUGAAUGGGUUGGGUGGGUUGCAGGUAAAGGAGAAUUGUUUGGGGUACCCGGGGAGUAAGUAUGAGAACUUGAGAAAGGGGAUGCCGUAA